AUGGCGAAAACGGCCGCGCACAACUUCCAGGCGUUCAGGUGUAUGUCCAUCUUGCACAACCGCAACAGACCCCCUCGGCUGCGAGUCCGGGGCCUGCCAUUUGGGGCGAAGAAGGAGGACUUGUUGGAGUUCUUCAAGGGCUACAAAUUGGCCUCUUCUGAAGAUUCAAUUUUCAUGAUUUUAACCAAAGACAAAAAACCCUCUGGAGAGGCUUUUGUGUUUUUCGCAGACGCCCAGGAGGCUCUGAGGGCCCAAAAAGAAAAACACCUCAAGUUCCUCGGAAACAGAUAUUUGGAGCUGCUCGUGGACUUCAGCCUCGGCGACCCUCAGGGGUGGCUAUACACCCGAGAGCUCAGCGAGCAAAUAGACCGAAAACGCUACAUUGGAGACAACCGAUAG